UGUCGGGAAGAUGGCGUCCUCUGGGGCGGAGCUGCAGAUCCUAGUACAGUAUUUGGUGUUACGAAAAGAUUUAUCGAAGGCUCCGUUCUCCUGGCCCGCGGGAGCGUUGGUAGCGCAAGCUUGUCACGCUGCGACCGCAGCUUUACAUCUUCACCGCGACCACCCGCACACCGCCGCCUACCUCCGGGAGCUGGGGCGCAUGCGCAAGGUGGUCCUCGAGGCCCCAGAUGAGACCACCCUGAAGGAGCUGGCUGAGACCCUGCAACAAAAGAACAUUGACCAUAUGCUGUGGCUUGAACAGCCAGAGAACAUCGCCACUUGCAUAGCACUCCGGCCAUAUCCCAAGGAAGAAUUCCUUCUGCAAAAAGCGCUGAGUCAGGAAACUUCAUCUGGAAUGCUGAGUUGAAGGUGAACUUCCUGAAGUCUGCACAUCCGAGUAUCACAAACAAAAUGGAAAAGACUUCCUAAAGCAGUUUGGUUAGGGUCUAUAGUAUGGCUGAGCUUUCAAGCUGGAAAUGAAUGAAACCAGGGAUGCAUUUUCAGAAAAACUAAAAUGAGAUAAUGUUUGUAACUGAGUGUCCUAUUUCUGUUUCAUAGUUGCUACCCACAUGAGCCCUUCCAGCAAUUUUGAAAUUCGGCAUAGUUUCUGAAUAGAUGCUGUUUGAUGGAGUUAUCUAUAGUAGGGGUGGUAAGAUGCAGAAAGAAGGACCUGGGGAAAUGGCUUCUUCCUUGAAGUCUGAGUCCAUGCUCCUCAUCCACAUUGGUUCUUAUGGCCUUUUCUCUGCCAUGCAGACAGAGGUAGCUGGUACAGAAGAUCAGCGCUGUCAUCGUUCACAGGCCCAGGGAUGCAGAUCAAGGAGAGCGAUGGGGGUCACCUUUGUUUUCCACAAUGACUUCCUCAAGUUUGCCUGGCCUGUGGUGGAACUUUUAGAUUGAGUCAGUUCACUGGCUCCUUUCUCAAGAGGCCAGGAUGAGAUGGGAUGUGGCAGAGUGACAAAGACACAAAGGGAAAACAUGGUGCCAACGAGCCUCAGAGCAGGAUAGACCUACUGUUAUUUGCACUGAUGGAAAUUCAAUUUCCCAAAGUCAAUCUAAUUACAAAAAAAAGAGAGCAGAUUUUCUUUGAGCACUAAUUUCCCUCUGUACAAGUGACUUGUGCACCUCUGGUCAGUGAUCCCAGAUGCUCCGGGCAGUCUGCACCAGCUCAGCUGUAGCAGCUCUUUCUGGCACUGGCACUUUGCUCUGAGCCCCAAUGCAAAUCCACACAUGGCAUCAUAGUUACUAAAAUAAUAAAAUAUUACUAGCCAAAUGUAACUGCAAUCCAAUUAAUGUUAUAUUUCACACACAAGUUUAGAAAAAUCAAGAGUAUGAUCAUAAAAGCAUAAAAUUAAACAAAAGGAAAUCAAUUUCUACAAGAAAUCAAAUAUAUUUACAGUGAGAUUUAAGGGAAAAAUAAGCUACUUGGAGCAUAAAUUUUAUUUUAUUUUAAAUAACUUGAGCUACUUCAGCGGUUAACACAAAAGCAGAAAGAACAGGCUGCCUUCCCCCAGCCCCAGAUUUAAUAAGAAAAUUGUAUCUACAAUAAUUGACAGAACUCAUUUUGUGUCCUGCAAUCAUCUCAUCAAAAUUAUUGCAUUUUCCCCAAACCAUAUUUUUGGAUUCCUCUGUGAGUAUGCCAUCCUCCUUUCUGGAGGCAACUUGGUUUAAAUCCAUCUUUAAGAAGGGGAGAAGGGAUACAUUUGUGGAGGUGAAGUAUUCUCUUGAAGCCAACAGAUACGAGUUGCUAGAAGAAGCUGAUUGUACACACGAGCUGCCUAGGGGUGGGGGUGGGAAGGGCUGUUGGUUGUGAGGAACAUGACAGCCUUGGUGGACGGACACAAGCAAAGUCACACAGGCCCUCCUUCCUGGGCGGGGUCAGGACUGAGCUAGCGAGGCACAGCUUUGUCUUCCCCUUAGAACUUGUCAUUUUGGUUCUUCUCCAAAAGCCUUCAUCCAGAUAAGAAGCCAAUGACUGAUUACAAAAAUAAGAAUAAUUAAAUUUGGCUCAAGAAAUAGAUUGUCCAACUGUCUGCCUUGUUAUUUUUUCCAAUAUCCAAGGCCUUUACAAAGAAAGAAAGAAACAAACCGUCUCUCAAUCUCCCAACAAAAGUGAACUGUUUUGUUUUGUUUUUUGCUCCAAAUGCUACGACCUGAAGAAUGGCUGCAGAUUGAGAUAUCAAAAAUCUCAGAAAAAUAUAUAAUAUAUUUUUAUAUCUCUGUAUGUCUAUUUUUUAAGUUUCACAUUCCUUUAAAA